UUUGUUGUUUUAGAAAGUUCAAAUCGUUUAUCUUACAUAAUCAUCAUUUCUAUUACAAGGAACCAUAGAAAACUUCGUGUAUAUAUCACUCUGUAUGUACUUUUCUUUUCUAACAUAUGAAAAUGAGCCAUCAUACUUUGAUCAAUUGUUUUAAACGUGCAAUUGAACCAAAUUUUUCAAAUAGUUUAAAGAAAUCAUCAACACGAUCAAGUAUGACAACAGAACAACAAAAUCCAAUUGAAAUUUGUGAUGUAAUAACUCGUUCACCUAAAAUGAUUGAUAUUACAUCUAAAAUUGUAAAUGGAAAUAAUCAGAAACAAAAUAUUAUGACAACAAUUAGAUCAGCUAAAGCACAAGUAUUUAUAUGUAUUGAUGAUUAUAUCAAACAAUUUAUUCAUAAUCAAUGUUUAAUUACAGAUAAUAAUUCAGAUAAGAUUAUCCAUGAUAAUGAUAAUAAUGAAAGUCAUAUUGAUGAUAAUCAUACAAAUGAAUUAUAUGAACUAUUAACACCAAAAGGUGAUGUAUUUACAGUGGCACGUUUAGCUGGUAUACAAGCUGCUAAACAAACUUCUAAUAUUAUACCAUUAUGUCAUCAAGUGCCAUUAUCACAUAUUUCAGUGGACAUUGGUUACAGAUUAGGCAAAAUUCAUAUACAAUCACAAGUAAAAGCAGUUGGUCAGUCUACAGGUGUAGAAAUGGAAGCAUUAACAGCUGUUUCUGUUGCUGCACUAACGGUUUACGAUAUGCUAAAACCGUUGCAAAAAGGGCCAAUUAUUAUUGAGAAAAUUGAACUAUUAGAAAAACUUGGUGGAUCCAAAGGUUCCUACAUAAAACUUGGUGCAUCGAAAUAAAGGAAAGAAUUUGAUUAUCCAGCUUUGCUUAGAAUUCAAUUUUGUUUACAGUAUUUUGCAGACUUUGAUUCCUUUAUUACGAUAUAUUGCCGAAAUGGUUCAACUAUUAAGAACAUUUUAAAGUUUAUUUCACAUGCAAUAUGAAUGGGAACCGACAUAUCAUUAAAGAUGUCAGUCAGCUACAACGUAGGACC